GCGGGCUCAGAGCAUCAGUUUUCCGUGCAAGAAACUUUGUGAAUUCGUCAGGAUGAGUAGAAGAAUGCUUCGACCCCAAAGUGCCACUUCGAGGCAAGAAACAGAAAUGGCUUCAAAAAGUAUGCGAGAACUUCAAGCGCUUGGCAACUCAGGAGAUCCCGUCCAACGACUUAGACUAAUAUGUUUAUCUAGAGGAGCCACUGGAAUCUUAGGACUUGGAAGGUUAUUUAGAAUAAUGGACGAUGACGGCAAUAAAAACUUAAAUAAGGAAGAGUUUUUACAUGGACUUAAAGAAGUAGGAUUAGAAUUAAGUGGCGAAGAAGCCGAGGAGAUGUUUCAAAAGUUUGAUACAGAUGGUAAUGGUAGCGUGAAUAUAGAUGAAUUUUUAGUUCAUAUAAGACCACCCCUAAAUGAAACCCGCAAAAAAGUCAUAGACGAAGCUUUCAACAAAUUGGACAAAACUGGGGAUGGCGAAAUAACAAUCGACGACUUGAAAAAUGUUUACAACGUAAAAGCGCACCCCCGCUACAUCUCAGGAGAAGACACAGAAGAAUCCAUCCUCACUAAAUUUUUAGGAAAUUUCGAAACCGACUCGACUAGAGAUGGGAAGGUCACGCGCGAAGAAUUUUUGAAUUAUUAUUCUGGAAUAAGUGCCUCGAUCGACAAUGAUUGCUAUUUCGAUUUAAUGAUGCGACAAGCCUACAAAUUGUAAAUUGUUUGUUUUUAAGUAUUUGACAUCGAAAUGUAUUUGCUUGUUCUCUUUAACUAUAUUUUUAAGAAUAAAUAUAUUAUGGCCAACGUUAUGAAAGACUAUAUAAAAUGUUAGAUCCAAUAUUUUAAAUUUUGCUUUGUUUUAAGUAAUAAAAAU